GACAACACACCAGAACCAUCCCAAUGUUUGUUCCUGAAUCCACAUCAAGACUCCAGAACUUCACAAGUUGGCUGCUGGGUCGGCGUCCAGAGUUCACUGAUCCGAAAGUAGUGGCCCAGGGAGAGGGCAGAGAAGUGACCAGGGUUCGUUCCCAGGGUUUUGUCUCCCUGUCCUUCCACAUUGUGACUAAAGACAUGAAGAGACUGGGUUACGACACCACACCUUCCGAGACCGCACACACUCCGUCACACACUGCUGUCGCAGGCAUCGGACCGGGAGACCAGCCCUACAGCACGUGAUGGAAACACACACACACAGGGACCAAGGACUACACCACCUCCUCCCUCCCUCCCCCCUGUGUGGCCCUCCCUCCCUCCCUCCUGUGUGGCCCUCCCUCC